AUGGCCCUGCUCAAGCUCUUCCUCAUGGCCUUCAGCUUCGUCUUCUGGGCGGCGGGGCUGACCAUGCUCACCCUGGGCAUCUGGGCCAAGAUCUCGUUGGGCAGCUACCUGGUGCUGUCCGCCAACCAGUACCCCAACACCCCUUUCAUCUUGCUGGCCACGGGCGCCGCCGUCCUGGUCUGGGGCUUCCUGGGCUGCUUCAGCGCUGCCACCGAGCACCGCUGCCUGCUGCGCACCUACGCGGCCUUCCAGCUGGCGGUGCUGGCGGCCGGGCUGGCGGCGGGGCUCUCGGCCUUGUUCUACCGCAGGGACAUCGCCGAGGGCUUCCGGGCCGGGCUGCUGGAGGCGGUGCGCGCCUACGGCGAGGACGAGCAGAAGGCGGACGCCCUGGACUCCCUGCAGCGCGCCCUCGACUGCUGCGGGGCCGAGAGCUACCGCGACUGGCUCGCCUCGCCCUGGUCCCUGGCGCAGCCGGGGCGCAACGGCUCGGUGCCGGACAGCUGCUGCCGGGCGCACCGGGGCUGCCAACACAGCCCGCUGCCGCCCGAAGCCCGCGGCAUCCACCGUGACGGCUGCUUCGCCAAGGUCUCCGGCUUCGUCAGCGACAACCUGUUCUACAUCGCCACGGCCGCGCUGGGGCUGGCGCUGCUGCAGGGCGUGGGCAUCGUGCUGGCCUGCCUGCUGGCCGCCCGCCUUCGCCCCGCGCCGCGCUGA